UUCCAAACCUCCAGCGAAACACAAAGAAGAAUUGGAACUUUGACUCAGUUAUUAAGGUGGACUUGGUACCAGAACCCUGACUCAGAUCUCGGGUCAGAGUUCUAAUGAAAGCCGUGAUACUCGCCGCCGGGUACGGAACCAGACUGCAGAGGGAUGUUUCCUCCGACAGCAGCGGCAGGUUCGCUCACCUGGUGGGGGUACCGAAGCCGCUGCUGCCGGUGGGUCAGUGUCCGCUGAUAACCCGCUGGAUCAGGGCUCUGAGCCGGUCCGGAACCGUGGACGGGAUCUAUGUGGUGACCAACGCUGUGUACCAGGCUGCGUUUGAAGAAUGGGCCGCACAGUUUCCAGACGUCCGGGUCCUCAGUGAUCGGACCAGAAGCAACGAAGAGCGUCUCGGCGCCGUCGCCUGCCUGCAGCUCGCUGUGAAACACUUCUACAUCCAGGACCAGGUGCUCGUCGUCGGGGGAGAUACGCUCUUCAAGGAGGACUUCAGCCUGGCUCAAGUUACAGAGAAGGUUUCUCAGCUGCAGGUGAGGCGUGAAGACAGCUGCCUGGUGCUUUCAUACCAGUGCAGGGAUGAAGAAACCCAGAAGUAUGGGAUACUGGAGGUGGACCAUGAUCUCCGCGUCCUCUGCAUGAAGGAGAAACCUCGGCCUUCAGAGACGGAGUCAAGGAGAGCAUGCCCGUGUUUCUACGUGUUCUCCAAGAGAAGUCUUCUUCUGUUGGACACUUUCCUGGAGGAAAAGAAGGACGCUCCAGUUGAAGUAAAAGACGCUCCUGGAAACUUUGUGUCCUGGCUCGUUCUGAGGAAACCGGUUUACGUUCAUGAAAUCUCUGGACGUUUUGAUGUCGGAAACCUGCAGUCUUACCUGGAAUGUGACCUUUACUUUAAGGAAAAACUUCAGGAUGACAAAUCUUACAUGAUUUAGAAGAAAUCUUUUAAUAAAAAAAGAUUUUUUUUAUGAUUCAGACAGAUCAGUCUGACUGUAAAAA